AUGCGCCUUGCGUCACGUUGCUGGAGCAGGGUGGGUGAGCGUGGGCUCUCCACAGGCCAGUUGCAGGUGGCCCUGGAACCCCUGGAUGGCUCCAUCUUCAUGCUCACCCUGAACCGGCCUGAUGCCCGGAACGCCAUCGGGCGCCAGUUCCUGAGGGAGCUGAAGGAGAGCCUAGACAAUCUGGUCCAGGAGAGGUCCACCCGAUGCGUCAUCAUCAAGAGCUCGGUGUCCAGAGUGUUUUGCGCGGGUGCCGAUCUGAAGGAGAGGGCAAACAUGACCAGGCAGGAGGCCUCCGCGUUCGUGCGUGACUUGCGCGGCACUUUCUCUGCCUUGGAGGCCCUCCCCAUGCCCACCAUCGCCUGUGUUGAUGGGUAUGCGCUAGGUGGUGGUGCAGAGCUGGCACUCGCCUGUGACUUCAGGGUUUGUGGGACUGGCGCCCAGUUUGCGUUCCCCGAGACUCGCCUGGGCAUCAUUCCUGGGGCGGGGGGCACGCAGAGGCUGCCGCGUGUGGUCGGGACUCCCAGGGCCAAGGAGCUCAUCUACACGGGGCGCAGGAUAUCUGCGCAGGAGGCCCUGGACAUCGGCCUGGCCGACCACCUGGCUGACUCCGUGUCUGCUGAGGACCGGGCGCUGCGCCUCGCCCGCGACAUCGCUCAGGGGGGACCUGUGGCCCUCCGCAUGGCCAAGCAGGCCAUAGGCCUAGGCAUGGAGGUGGACCUGGCCAGCGGGCUGCUGGUGGAGGAGGCGUGCUACGCCCAGGUCAUCCCAACCCAGGACCGACUGGAGGGCCUGAAGGCCUUUGCAGAGAAGCGGCCACCCGUGUUCAAGGGGGAGUGA